AUUCUUCAAAGUUUUAAAGUUUUUGCUCUUCUCUUUUCUUCCUCUCUUCCAAUCGCAAACAAACCCUAACUUAGCUUCUUUCUUUUUCUCUCCACCUCUCUUUUAUCUCUCAAGGUUUUAUCAUGAAUAAUUCUGAAAAUCCCGAUCUAACCAACGACUCAGCUUGGAGAGAACUCAUAUCUCCAGACUUCUACGACGACAGAGACACUUCAGACAUCCUCUCUGACUUCAACUGGAACCUCCACGCUACAGAAACCGUCGGUGUUCUAUCUUCCUUUACCUCCACUUCAACGCCUCACGAGCUCAUUCCAACCUCAUCAUGUUCCUCGUCGGCCGCCGCCUCUGUUGCCCUUACAGAGGUUUCAACUAUGUCUCAUAAUCCUCCCGCUACUUCUAGCUCAAGCGAGGAUCCAACCGAGAACUCAACCGCCUCUGCUGCGAUAACACCAAAGAAGGAGAAAAAGCAGGCGCAAAAGCGAAUCAGGCAACAAAGAUUCGCAUUCAUGACCAAGAGUGAUGUGGAUAAUCUCGAAGAUGGAUAUCGUUGGCGUAAAUAUGGACAGAAAGCUGUCAAGAAUAGCUCAUUCCCAAGGAGCUACUAUAGAUGUACGAACAGCAGAUGCACCGUGAAGAAGAGAGUUGAACGAUCAUCUGAAGAUCCAUCGAUAGUGAUCACAACAUACGAAGGACAACAUUGCCACCAAACCGUUGGAUUCCCUCGAGGCGGAAUCCUCACAGCUCACGACCCUCAUUUCUUCACGUCCCAUCAUUAUCUCCCUCCUCCAUUGCCAAAUCCUUAUUAUUACCAAGAACUCCUUCACCAACGUGACGGAGUCAAUACUUCUUCACCGCGACCACCCCAAUCUACUACUGAAGACGGACAUGUUGCAGUAUCGUCUAUUAAUCCAUCAGAAGAAGGCUUACUUGGUGAUAUUGUACCUCAAACCAUGCGCAAUCCUUGAGGUACCAUCAGCAAAUCAUCAUAACCUUGAAAAAAGCUAAGGAGGUGCUAACUCAUUGUGGAGAUACUGCGGACGGGAAAACAAUAUGGCCACACCGGGUUGUAAGCAUAGAUCUCUUUAUAUUAUUUUAUUGUUGAUCAAAGGCGUCUCACCACCGCUAAAAUUAAAUUGCACUUAAGGUAUAUACAUAUACAAAGAUAUUUAUAUAUAUAUGAGUGUAUAUAGUAUAAUUUUGAUGUGAGUCAAGUUUGAUAUAUCUACUGACUUAUAUGAGCAACAUGUCGAGCAUGUUUGUGCGCUUGAGAAGAGAAAACAUGGACG